AUGGAACGCCUGGGGGGGAAAAGGUCGUGGGAGCACUGGGCGCCUAGGCCUUCUCGGAUGGAAGGGCCGGUCAAACAGCUUGCCCUGGACAGGGCGGCAAAGAAAAAGUGGGCGGACAAGAUCAUCUCCGUUCUUGCGCCCUACCACAGACACUUCGAUAACAUGCAGGACAUCAAGCCGGGGGAGGACAAGUAUGAGGUCUGGAGGCCCUUGGUUGGCAAGGCCAGGGUUAACUCCCUGAAGUCGGUCUUCUACAGCCUCAAGAAACUCCGCUCGACAAUGGGAUGCUCCCCCUUGCCAUUUUCCGAAGACAUGGCAAAGCACCUCCUGCAUGAGGACACUUCACUGGAUCCCCCAGCAGAGCACUUCGGAGGCUUUGACCCCACUGUCAACCAGGCGAUCAACAGGCGCUAUGAGUACACCAGGGGCCUCUUGGUCUCUUCGGAGGCAAAGAAAGAAAGGAGGGCCACCCCGCCUUCCAUGGAAGUGGUCAUGGCGCUUGAGAAGUUGGCGGGGACCCUCCCGGAUGGCUCAAAGGAUGGCUACGCUGCCUCGUUCUUCCGGUUCUGCAUAGGGGCCUCGGUCAAGAAGGUAGGGGACAAUGAUCGCCCCCAGCCUCUCGUCGCACCUCUGGUCUCCUUCUCCCAGGUGGAGUGGUGGGGACCUUUGAUUGCCCUCAGUAAGAGGCGUAACAGCCUGGCCACGAAAGGACUUGAGGACGAUUACCUCCUUCCUGUCCCAGACCGCGAUCGCCUGGACUUCACAAGGGCCCCCUGUGACAAUUCUCGGGCCCUGCGGUGGCUUAGGGCUCUUCUCUCGAUGAAGGGGGCCAAGAUCCCGGAGGAGGAGGUGAAGAUGAUGACUCUCUCUUCGUUCAGGGUCUUCAUGCCGAACCUGGCGUUCCAGAUGGGUGUCCCCCGUGAACAACGACGAUACCUGGGAAGGUGGCAAGGGGACAGCAUGGCGGAUGUCUACACGAGAGAACACCGCUCGGUGGUCCUUUCCAUCUGGAAAGAGGUCCUGUCGAAGCCCCAGCCGAACAAAGAGGAUGGGAUCCGUUUCGUCCCUGAGGACCUUGACGCUCCUUACUACCAGUUGGCUGAAGAACCACGUCUGGAUCCCUCUGAAGCGCAACUUCCUGUGCUUGCGUCGGCCAAAGAUCCUCAAGAGGAAAACCGGGCGGACGGCCCUGUCUUCAUGGCCACCAACUCUCGAAAGACAGGAUCUCCUCCUGUGUACCGGGUACACUGGUUUGACCGAGGCUACCGCUGUCUGGGUUGUGGUUGGAGGCCCAAGGACUCCAAGAGUCUGGUAACCUUCUACGAGCUAGACUGGACACCGGACUAUGUCUUCUGUGCAAAGGCGGCACGGGCCAAGCAGCCCCCGGACUGCUUCCUACGCGACGUGGUGAACAAGGACUCCUCCAGCGGGGAACCCUCGGACGGCUCGGGUUCGGCGAGUUCCCUGGAAUCGGACUCUUCCUCUUCUGUCGACGAGGAAGCCACUCCCCGCAUGGGAGCGAGCCCGGGCCUCCUCCUCCACGAGGUCGGUAUCUACGGACUCCUGGCGACCCCUCGUUCCCUAGGGGCGGUUGCCACAGGUGCCGAUCCCCUGGGGGUGGCAGGCAUUAGCCCUGCGGACUUGGCGUAUUUCCGACCGGAAUCCGUGCUUGCACUGAUCAACUCGCAUGUCAUAGGGCCAAGCCUACAGCCUUCCCUCUGCAUCCUGCUCGGGCCGGCUGCCAUUUUGGGUCAGACUCGCGACGGUAUGGACAGACCGGGUGCUGAGGUCGAUGCCAAGCUGACCCUGGCACGGCCCCCGGAGCUGUGCCCAGACCCCUACAAGGAGGAGGUCAUGAAAAUCGAAGACCACGUUCGACUGGUCCUGGGAAAGCAGGGCUUUGUCACGGCCCAGGACUGGGCAGGCCGUUGGGAUGAAAAGGAACUCCGGAAGGAGGCUCCCAAGUUGGGCUUUUCACCAGGCCAGAAUGGCUACGAUGAGCACACUUGCGUCCUCACGGCUAUCCGCCUGGAGAACGCGGUCGAGCAGUUCAAGCUCCUCAAGAAAAGGAAGCUGGCCGAGGUGGAUAUCCACUCGGUCGAAGACUACAAAGCAAUGAUUGGCAGAGGUGACCGCCAAGAAAUGAGGGCAGCUUACCUCUCCAAGUUCGGCACGGAACCGGAGCGGGAACACGAAGGAUCUGACCAUAUGCUUGGCGUCUUGAAGAGGGUUUUGUACCGAGGAGAGUUCCUUUCAGGCUCCCAGCUGGAUCUCAACGUUGCAAACCACCCCAAAGAUGGUGAAUUGAAGUUCCAGAAGCGCCAAAGCAAAGAAGAUGAGGAGUGGAUCCAUGAGGAAUCCAAUCGGGUCCAGUCGGAGAAGCAAUGGAAACGGGUCCUCAUGAUCUGGCGCACGUCCCUCCUCAUGGUUGUGGCGACAUGCACGGGCCCCUCUUGCAUUCACCUCACCAAGGCAGACUUGGACGACUUUUACAACUUCCUCUUCGGGGACACCAUCAUGGGCCGUGAGCCUGCCCCCUCAUUGGGGGUUUUAAUGACAGCAGAAAGAAAGGUCUGGCGCCAGGUGGCCCUCAACAUGGCCAAAGAUGAGACCUUGACCAUCACAGCCGCCCUCAAAGAAAUCCAGAAUAACUCGCGAUUCUGGUCUAUGGAAAUCGAUGAGUUCUGCUUUCGUCGACACCAUACUGUCCAGCCCAAAGGCCCUAGAAAAGGCAAGGGCAAGGGCAAAGACAAGGACAAGGGUAAAGUCUGGCAGCAGUGGGACUAUUGGAAAGGUAAAGGCAAGAAGCCUGGCAAAAGCAAGGGAAAGUCGAAGAAGGAAGACUGGCGUUGGGCCACUCGCUCGGAGGAGGCGGCUGACCACCCCCCUCCACCACCGGCGACAUUCGCUCGCACCAAGGCAUCUCACCAAGAGUGGGCCCCCAAAGGAUCCGAUGGCAAAGAGUUUUGCAAGAAGUACCAUGCCUUCAAUCGGUGCCCGGGAGACUGUGGUCGCUCCCACAACUGCCCUGUGAUCCUCCCUGAUGGCAAGGUCUGCGAGAAGAACCACAGGGCGGCGGACCACUCGUGA